GAGGAGGAGGAGAGCUGCUCCACGUCCGGUGCUUUGUGGCGUCAGCGCGGCGAGGGAGGAAAGGUGGUGCUCACAUGUCCAGGAGCCCAACGACAAGGAGGAGGGGAGGCGCCCUGCGCAUUUAUUCACUCCUCCAGCGGCCGCAGCUCCGGAGCUCGGGCUGACAUCUGUCUGCGGGGGACGGGCACCAUGUGCGCCUGGACGCUGUGAGGAGGCUCACCGCUUCGGAUACACCGCGUACCUCGACGUUUACACGGGACCUUGUGUCGUAGACUCAGGCCACGUGGUAAUCGCCUGGCGGGAUAUCUUGGACGUUCAGUACGGAUGUUGUUGUUCUCGUUCACUCAUCCCACCUGGCUCUUACCGGCCCCUGCCGCACUGCUCGAGGAAGCGAGAGAACCAUGAGCACUGUGGAGGAGGAGCCGGAUCACAUGAUACCAUGAAGACAAGUCUGCAGGUCCUGCGCUGCCAGCUGCUGAGUGUUCUGGCAUUUAUAGCACUUCCAGGAGGAUUGUUGUCAGCACAGGAGCUGUACCACAGCCAGACAUCCCGGGACUCUUUCUCCAUGAAAGCCACCCACAACGGCCUCCUCUCUUCCCCCGAACCUCCCUCAGAGAGCUCACAUCAAGAAGGAUCCAGCAGUGGGGAAUGGUCCUCCAAAGGUCCACAAACCUCAAACAUAAUCCUUCCUAAUCUUGGUCUCCUAUUUUACACAAGUACCAUUCAUGACACACAAACCAUCACCCCAAACACUGUGAGCGUUGAUAGUCAGGUGACUCAACCCCAAGAGCCCAGAUCUGGUAUUGUAAAUCAAGGCCCACCCAUUCAAAAAUUUGUCAGGGUACCUCAAGUCCAAAACCCAGUUGCUAGCAGUAACCAGAUCAGCAGCAGACCUAAAAUUUCCAGCACAGUUUUGCCAAAUGUCACUGCAGAGUCUGCUGCUAGAAGGGCUCCAAACCCCCUGGAAUCAGACGGAGGGGACACAUUCUCCACAGACCAGAGAAAGCCUCCGAAGCUGAGCGUGUGGGAACCCAAUGAUCCCAGGAAGCAAACCCUUCCACAGCUGCAGCCCUCUUCUCUAGCCGCCCGCUCCUCUUUAGACGUUCCUACAAAGGGCCUGAAACCCAGGGUGCAAGGUGUGGGAUCGCCAGCGCURCACGUACACCACACCAUCACUUUGCGGGAGACACAUCCUGGGAACGAGACCCCCACUGAUCCGCUGCUGGUAGAGUCAAAGGAAGGGCCUGUCACGCCACUUUCGAGCCCAUCACAAAAUGCAACUUCCACGGUGCCCAACAUAGUCCUGUCCACCGAGCCAGGCCUCCAAACAGAGAAUUCAACAAUCAACAACACAGCUGCCACCACCGAGGAUGGGCAGGUUGUUACAGGUAAUGUCACAGACGGCCCAUCUAUGGGACACCAGGAGUGGAACCUGACGACUCCUACAGGGCUGCUCCCUAACAGCAGCUCAGUCGAGGAGACGUCUGCUCAGGGGAACAGCUCAGAGACCCUUUCCACAGCCAGCGGCAACUUGCCCAACGUGCAGGUUCCAGCAACCACCGACAACCCCCGGCCAGCUGGGAACACCUCGUGCUCCUCCGUCAACUGCUUGCCAUCCGAAGGAGACAUCUGCUUGAAAAAGAUGGACAUCGUGUGGAUGGUGCUGGCUAUCAGUGUGCCUGUAGCCACCAUUUCUGUGCUGUUGACCGUGCUCUGCAUGAGGAGGAAGAAGAAGUCAACCAGUCAGGAGAACAACCUCAGCUACUGGAACAACGCCAUCACCAUGGACUACUUCAGCAGACACGCCGUGGAGCUUCCCCGAGAGAUUCACACUCUGGAGAGCGAGGAGCUUGAAACCUGUCUACCCCCUAAUGGAGACUACAGCGGCAGCAGCGUGGUCCUGGUUAAUCCGUUCUGCCAGGAGACCCUCUUCAUCAACAGAGACAAAGCCUCUGUCAUAUGAGACAGAUCCUCCUCCUCCUCCACCUGCUAUGGUUUUAUAAAACGCGCGGUAAAUAUUCACAGACGUUGACUUUAUACUGUGUAUAACAAACACAACCUGAACGAAGAGCGACGUAGAGAAAAAUGGAAGAAAAAUACAGACAUUAUUUACAACGAG